CAGCACUUUAUUGAUGAAAACAUACCAACUCCAAGAAUUGUUUGGGGGUGUUUUUAAUUCGAGAAAAUCAUACCUUAAAAAAAAAAAAAAAAAAAGGUUUUUUAGUUCUUUGAAUCAAAUGGAUACCUUUCUCUCUUUUUUCUUCUUCUCCUCCUUCUUUACACACACAGCUUUAUGUAUCCAUAAUUGCUCACCAUCCUCCUGCGAUGAUUCCGAGCUGCCAUUAGUCCAAUUUCCGUUCCGGCUACUCGGCCGACAACCCUCCCGUUGCGGCUACCCCGGUUUCAACCUUUCAUGCAACAACCAGAACAAAACAGUUCUAGAUCUACCCUCCUCCUCCGGUGAAUUCAUCGUGAAAAGUAUUAACUACGCCUCGCAAUCCAUACACAUCAGUGAUCCCAAUGGUUGCCUUCCCAAAAGGAUGCAAUCCUUCAGUCUUUCGGACUCACCUUUCUCAGCUUAUCCCACCAACUUCAUGUUCCUCAACUGCACUUUAUCAGACUGGCACAAGUACUUGAUGUCUCGUCGGAGCGUGCUCGUACCUUGUCUCAGCAGCCCCAACUACAGGGUGGUUGCUAUGGAUGCUUCUUCUGUAGGCGGGUUACCGCCGGGUCGGAAAUGGAGAGUUGGGUUUUAUGGGUACUACUGGUCCACCAUGGAUGGUGUUGGUACAGCAGCUAUUGAGCUUAACUGGGAUGUUCCCAAAUGUAAAGCCUGUGUGGUUCGAGGUGGGACUUGUGGGUUUAAAAGUAAUACUGGGUUGAAGAUUGGGUGCUCUGGUCGUCUCAGCUUCGGUCUUCCAAGGAGUGCCAAAUAUGGUUUAAUCUUGGGUGUCGGAAUACCUGGGCUUUUAACCUUCAUUGGACUUGCAUGUUACAUUGGUGGCAGGACCGGAACCCAUAGCCAUCGAGGCCCACUUCCAUCCGAACGUUCUACCAUCACCACCGCUCCAGGAUCAGCUGGUAUUGCAACGGCAACGGGCCUUGAUGGGCCAACCAUAGAAUCUUAUCCAACGACUGUGCUAGGUGAGAGCCGGAGGCUACCCAACCCACAAGAUGGGACUUGCCCAAUAUGUCUGUCGGAGUACCAGCCCAAAGACACCUUGAGGACAAUACCAGACUGCGAUCACUAUUUUCAUGCUAACUGCAUAGAUGAGUGGCUAAGGAUGAACUCCACCUGUCCUCUCUGCCGGAAUUCACUCGAUGAACCAUCCGGCGUAUAGUUACCAUCAGCAUCAUCAUAUGCAGUUGAGUGAAAUUGAUCAGAUACCAUGUCACCUAUGUUGAGAAAGUGGCCGAGUUCCUCGUUGAAUCUUGCAAAUGGCAGAUUAAUAGAACAUGUAAUAUAUAUACAUAUAUACGUGUGCGCGCGCACACGUGUGACUGUAUGGGUGUGAGAAAGAGAGAGAUCCCAUUCCCCGGAAGAAUGAAAAAAUAUUUUAUUAUAUUUCAUUAUGCCAAAUCAACUUUUUUGUAGGAAGGCAAAAUACAGUUUCAUCUCUGCUUCUAAAAAUGUAAAUUUGGAAUAAGUUAUGAUCACGAGUAAAAUCAGAAUCUACAACAAUCAUGUAUAUGGAUAUACAUUAUACAAACAAGAAGUGGGUGGGGGUGAUCCGCAUAUGGAUAUACAUUAUUCAAGAAUUAUUUUAAUUGGAGCCACCAUUGUAAACAAUUAAAUAACUUAUCUUUCAAUUAUAGGAAAAAUUCAACCAUAUAACUAAGGUAUCACACUACCUCUAUCAUGGGAAGGAGCAAGUGAUGACGCUGAAAACUGCAUCGAAAGAAGCUCUUCUCUGCUAUACUUCAACCUUUGAUCU